CACACACCUCCAGUUCACACCCACACUCGGCACACACUGCAAGUGUGAAAAAGGUUUUUAAGAACACUAUUUAAAGAGGAAUAGACCCAGAGAUUAGAGGGGUCACUGCAGCACGUGAGGUGUCACACAAUCUCCCGAAGCGACAAAGUUCAACCCUCGAAAGCAUAACAAGAGGAAAUAUUGGUGUGGAGGAGGGCGCGUGCGCGGGGCUGAGCAUGGCGGAGCAGGUCUCUAGGCAACGGGGGACGCCAGUAGCACCAGGCCUCCUGUCACACCAUGACGCCACGCCUCCACGCCCUCCUCUGACCACACACCCAGCCCACCCACCCACGCCCACCACGCCCACCCUCCUCCUCCAGCCCAACCACCCACCCACCACGGAGCGCCAAACUCAAGAGACGGUGUGUGAGGCAGGAGACCAAGACUUACCCUCCUGGGCAGACAUGGACGCCUGCUUCAAGGCCUUCGAUAAGGACGAGGACGGCUUCCUCAGCCAGAACGAGUUCUCAGCGCUGUGUCGAGCGCUCUUCAGGAACGAGAGAGGCAAGCCCUACCCGGUCGACGCCGCCAUGCUCGACAAUAUCUUUACCAUCUUCGACACCAACAAGGAUCAUGUGAUCGACAAGGAGGAGUUCCGCUACUGCUGGCAGACAUGGAUCAAGCAGGUUGUGCGGCCUGUGACGGCUCUGGUGGUGGUGGAUGUACAGAAUGACUUCAUAUCCGGGUCACUUGCCAUCAGCAGCUGUCCUGCGGGCCAACAUGGCGAGGAGGUAAUCCCACCCAUCAAUCGGCUGUUGGAAGAAAACCGGUUCGAUAUGGUUGUAUACUCGCUAGACUGGCACCCAGCGAACCACGUCUCCUUUAUUGACAACGUACACGAGCGUCUCAUACACGAGUCCUGCAAGAUCACGAGUGAUGAUGCCGAGGUGUACGACACGGUCAUCUUCGACGUGCACAGAGAUGGGACACCCAUGGAACAGAAGCUGUGGCCACGACACUGCGUACAGAACACCUGGGGUGCCGAACUCCACGAGGACUUGAAGAUUGCAGAAGAUGCUGUGUUAGUGUAUAAGGGAACAGACCCAGACACAGAUUCCUACAGUGCUUUCUGGGAUAACAACAAAAAAUCACACACAUCUUUAAAUGAGGAACUGCAAAAGAGGAAUGUCACAGAUUUAUUUAUCUGUGGUAUUGCUUAUGAUGUGUGUGUUGCAGCGACAACUAGACAUGCCAUUGAGGAGGGCUACCGGACUAUGCUUGUGGAUGACGCAGCCAGAGGGGUUUGUGACAAGGAUAUCCAAGCUACCAAAGAUCACACUAUAGCCAAUAAUGGCCUCAUUGUCCACUCUACACAGGUCAAGAGUCUGGCCACUGGUCGUGACAGACCUCCAGUGCUGGCAUAUAGACUAGCCCUUGAGCUCUCCAAGAAGAUGAAAAAAAAAUAAAUUUCAAGUGGAAAAAAAGUAUAUGCUGCAGAAAAGCCUAGAGAAAGAGACUUAAAAAGGUAAAUAUGAAAUAUCCAAAGAAGAUACAGAGGGACGAGAAUGAUUCAUAUUUCUGGAAGUAAACAAACUGUAGUAUCAAAGUGGAAGGAAUAACAAACGCCUAUGUACAAUGUAAUGACUCAAUGAUAAAUGAUUUUUUCUUUUAAAUUUAAUGCAAUUGUUAUACCUCCAUGUCAAAUGGGUAAAUUAGGUUAAACAUAUUAUAAAGCAAAUCCCAUGCAUCAUAAGCAAAGUGUCUAGCCAACUGCAACUUUUACCUUGCUUAUUUUUAUAAAAUAUCUUGCCACAACUUGCAAUUACUGUAUUGUUAAAUUGUUUAUUUUAUUUUAUUAACUAGCGUAUGUACCCAGCAAUGUGAUGCUACCCUGUUCUAUAUGAGGAAUUACAGAUUAUAGGUCAAGAGCUAUCUAUAAGUUUACCUAAUAUCCCUAUCUCACAGGAUGGUUUGUCAUAUGUGGGAUGUGAGCCUAGUAUACUAGCCUGCACUAGCAAACUUUGGGUAGAGUACAGUAUGAGAAUAACUUCUAAUAUCCGUGAGCAAGUGAGAGAAAAGUUACAAAGCUCCAGGUAUGGUAUCUCGUGCCAUUUUGUCUAAAGUUAUUGCUAAUUAGGCCUUCACUAAUACAGUAUAGUGUUGAGCGUGUCCUAGCUCUUGUUCACAGAGAUUACAAUUGAAAUCCACAGUGUUGUGAAAGUCAUUGCCUGCAGCCACCGGCCACAAGUAAUCAUGUCCCAGCCUAAAAAAAAAGAAAGAAAAACGUACCUACUCAGAAUACAGAAUGUGUAGGAUUUCUUAUACAGUAUAGCUAGUGAGAAGACACUGAACUCGGGUGAAAGUCAUGACAUUCAACCACGCUUGAGGACACCCUUGAAACAUUAUACUACUACAGUAUCGUGUGGACAAAGAUAUUAACAUGCUACUAAACUAUUUGCAAAUACUGUAUUCAUAUAGGUUGGGUUAUCUUAGGAUCAGAUGAUAGCUGAAUAUGCACUAAAUUUAACAAAUAAUGUAGAUGAAGCUUUACAAAUUAAGAUAGUCAUGUCAAGUGAAUAAUAUAUAUAUGCUAAUAAUGAGGCAGCCAUGUCAGCUAAAAAAUAACCUGAUGUGCUGAUACAGUUUCCAAAGCCAAUUAUUUUGGACAAGACUCGGUGGUACAGUAAGACAUGUAAACCCAGUGGUAUAAUUAUAUACUUAAUGGUACAAUAAGGCAUGUAAACUGCUAAAGUAUAAAAAGAAUAUGUAUUUCAUAGCCCAUACAUACUAUAAUUACAGUACAUAUAUUUAUAUUUAAUAUUAAAGUGUAAUCUGUUAUUCAGUUUUUAUAACUUUAGAAAAUUCAAUAUUAAAGAUUUCCUAACUCAAGCUGCAAAGAAAAUAUUUAUUAUGAAUCCACUAACCUCACAUAUGUACAACCCUAACCAGGUGCCAUUUUCCUUAGCUAAUGUUAAGUGUAGAGCAUUUGUGGUGUAAUAUAAGCAUAUUUAUCUAAUCAUAUAUCUCGCUGCGUCUAUCUAUCCUCUGUAUCUGUAUCUACUGCAGAUGUUAAACUUGCUAUUCAAAUAUUAUAGCAAAUUUUUUCAAAUAAACUCAAACUACAUCUGGAGUUAAGAGCAACAAACAAAUUGACCAUAAUAAAACAAUGGAGAAAGUUUCCUCUAUCCUUCAUGUAAAUAUAUAAUGUCAAACUUUAUUAACUAAUUUCAGUGAAUGAAUACCAACAUUAAAUCUUGCUCGAGAGUUAUUACACUUUUGUUGUUUUCUCAAAUAUCAAGGUUUGAGCAAGAGAACAAAUGACUAAUUUAUCUGACUGCUGCCAGUUCUAGUGACUGUGCCUUGAAUAAAGCCAAAAGUGUUACUGUAUACUGUAUUGAUAUCAAUGCUAAUAAUUUAAGAAUUUCAUCCUCCUACACAUCACUGUGUUGUGUAACAAACUUCACUGCCAUCCUUUGUAGAUGAACUGUUGUAAAUGAACUUCUUGGCAGGUCAAGAUGCUGUCAAGAUGCUGGGCACACUUCCUUACACACAAUGCCUCUGUUCACCUAGCAGUAAAUAGGUACCCAGGAGUUAUUCGGCUGUUGUGGAUCACGUCUUUGAAAAUGACGAGCUGUUUGCUAGGGGAAAAUGCCAUGUUACUGGCUUUGCAAGAAUCUACCACUUAAUCACUAAUAUAUGAACUGUUACAACCCAUUGCACAUUUUUUGCAUAAAUUCCUUUCUCCAAUAAUGGAAAACCAUUAUAAACAGUGACUAAUCCAGCAAGGAACUACAGCAUUUCAAUUGCAUUUUUUGCAAAGGCAACAUCUAUUAAUCAGUGGUCAUUGCAACAUGGUCUGCUACCCACCACAGUCGCAGAAACUGUUUUUCUCUGAAUUAUUUAAAUUUUUCAGAGUAGCACAUUGCUCUCUCUUUCCUUAUCAUGUUUCCUCAUCCUUCAACUCACCUUCUAUAUCCUUGUCUUCCUUCCUUCCUUUCAUACAGCCUAUAUACACACAUGUAUGAAUUAAAUGCUUCAUUUAUAUUUCAUAUAGAUUCAUACGGCAGAAUAAAACUUUAGCAUAAGGCAGUUACAAAUAUGUGAGUGUGUUAAUACUCAUGCUGUUGUAACACCCAUGGGGAGCUGCUGCAACACUCAUGGGUAAGUGCUAAAGGUAGCACUUACCCAUGAGUGAUAAUGAUGAAGGAGCAAACUAAGGCUCAGGUACAAGCUGUGUUAGCUUAUGUUCAUGGAAAUAAAAUUAAACAAGCUAAAGACUAAAGUAGAUGCUGAAAAUGUAGGGUAUUCUCACAAAUAAAAGGUGGAAUUUUAAGAAAUCAUUCAUGGAUUGCAGCUUGCAUUAUUCACUGGCAUACCAUUCAAGACUAGGUCCAUCAUAUAAUUUACAGGGGUUGCAGGAUCUUUUAAUAAGCAGCAUAUUGGUAUACAACAAUUUCAUACAUGCACUGUAAUACAUUAACAUCUACUCUAAGGAUUAAUGUCUAAAUAAUUUAGCCUACAUAUGUUUUGUACUGUGCAACAUUUACAGUACUGUAUAGUCAACUAUUAUACUUAAGUGCUUGAACAUAUUAAUUAGUAAUCAGUAAAUCAUUCAACUGCCAGCUUUGCCCUCUUAAGUCGUUGAAUGUAGCUAGUGGACUUAUACUUUCAUUAUUUGCCUCAGAUACCUCUAAUACCAGCUUAUGAAGUGCACCAUUCACCACAUAACCUAUAAAGUGAUAAUUGUUAAUAUAGUAAUGAGUGUUACAGCAAGGUGCCAUUCAUGGUUGCAAAGAAAUAUCAAGAUAAUCAAAGAAAAUGGUUACAUCUAACCUGUUGUGUUAUUGGCUGAGAUUCGACUGUUUAACAGAACAUUUAGUUAUUAUAUUAAUUUUAUUAAUGCUCAAUUCAGCAACAUGUAUUGUUGUCCAUAACCAGUGUAUCAGUUGUGAAAUGUACAACUGUAUUUAUCGUUCCUAUAAUUAAAAUCUUGUAUAUGUGCAGAAAAUUGAAUAAGGAUUUGAGUGAAUAUGAAAAGCACUUUUCUGAGGGUCUCACCUGGUUGCUCUCCAAGAUAAGCAUCAUCUAGUUCCUAUUGAACAGGACAGUGACAGUCUGGGGGCAGGUUUACAUUUUACAUUAGUGCCACAGGAAACCUUUCAGAUGUCCCUACAGGGUCAUGAUGGCACUAGGGUGGCACUGGACAACAUUUAAUUCAAUUCAAAGUGACCAACAGAAUAUACAAUCAAAAUCUCUAGCCCCAGAACUCUCUCCUUAGUUUCAUACAAGACAGAGAAGUUCUUUAACUACUGAACAUGAUACACAAAAUUACUUGCAAUGAUUAAGAAAGUUCACAUAAGACAAAAAGCCACAAGAUGAAGACAUGCAUAACACACACAAAAUUUCCCUGUACUGCAGUGUGGUACCUAAAGAGAACACCAGGAGGUAGAGAGGGGCACCCACACUUGUCCCUCGGAGGUGUGAUCACCAGGAGAUGUGAAUAAUAGGAAGUUGAACCAAUUCAACAUUACACACAACAGGCCAUGUGGGAAAUCCAUGUGAGGUACUGGGCCACAACCAUCUGGUAGGACCACCUGAGCUCUGAUGUCAGGAAAAGACAUUGCUGAGGAAUGCCAGGCAACUGGCAAAAAAAAAAUCCAGCAGGUUGUGGGCCUAAGAACUUACUAGCUAAUGACUUACAUACCCUUAAGAAAAGCCAGGGUAAGCAAACAACCAAGGCCAAGUAGACUGACAUUCUCUACAAAUCUGAAGAAGGGAGGAUUGGUAAGCCCCAUAUAUGCUGAAUACAUAAAUUCCCAGCACACCUAGAAGGAAAAAUCCUCACAAUAAAUUGCUAUACGCUGUACUUAAAAAUAAUGAUAAUUUUAUUUAUAAAAUACAGUAUACAUAAGAACAUGAUACAGUAGUUAAAUAGUAGGUACAGGGAUUGUAUAUUAAAAAUGCCACUAAUACACCAAGCAUUUUGAGUAUAACUUAAAUAAUUUAGUUUAUUAAUUUUAAGGUUAAUGAGAUAAGCACUUGAUACUAAAUGAAAAAUAAACUGAUGUAUGAAUUGUUCAAGAAAUUUAAUAACUUAUAAUUUUAUAAUAUAAAAAUUUAAUGAAACUUAAUGAUGAAAGGAAUAGACAAAAUUAUUAUAGAAUCUGUAGCUUUAACAACAGUGCUGAUAUAGUACAGGUUUUUAAUGUUGCAACAUAUUAGCCCAAACUGACUUAUAUAGAAUGUGGAAAUGUGAGUGAUGUUUAUUAUGUAAUGUUAAUUGUGUGUUUUCUUAGUUACUCUUUUAAAUUUGACUAAUUUAAGAGAGAAACAAAAAUGUAACUAAUUUACAUUAUAUAUUUGUUUAUGUAUCUACUACACCAAAUAGCAUCUCACAUAGUCUUCAUACUAAUCAAGCCAAGUGUGACACUGGCUCCCCACAUUUGCAAGUUGCUUAAUUUAGAGACUGUACUUCCAGUCAGUUUCAAACGCAUUGUUGAUGUAACAAUAUACUGUAUAUAAAAUUUGUAACUAGCUCAUCAAAACUGUAACAUGCUCAGCUAAAUAAAUGUUAUGGUUCAGUCCCUGGGCCCAUUAUAAGCAUCUGUAACACUUUCCACUACCUAUGGGAUGGGUAUGGGGUGCAUAAUAAAUUAACUAACUUAUUGUUAGCCUUAAAUACUAUAAAUGUACUGGUGUAGCAAUCCUCCAGAUUUGAAACCAAAAUUGUACUUACCAUCAAAGCUAUGGAAUCCGAGAUUAUUUUUUUUUAUUUAUAAUCUGUAAGUGCCUUGACUGUCACGAUCCUUUCCAAUAGAAUGUAAAAAGAUUACUCUAGUGAUAGGCUCUGUACCAGCAAUUUAUAGUGUUUAGUAGGAACACACAUGUCACACAUUUGACAUCUAUAUAAAAACACAAAAUAUUGCAGUACAGUACUGUAUAUGAAGGACUAAAGAGAAAAAAUCAUAGUUAUACUCAACAUAUAAGCAGGGUUUCUCUUUCAUUGUUUUAAUGUUCUGCAAAUAAAAUCAUUUGGGAGAAAAACUAUAUGGAAGUGAAUAGACACCAAGCUUGAUGGUAAAGCAAAGGUUGUUCAUUUAUGUUCACUGUAUCAUGUCAAAGAUUAGACUAAUCACUUUGUGAGGCCCAGUAUACCAGCCGCAGCGCACCACAAGGUAGGUCGCGUGUUGCCCGUGAGCUCACAACCACACUCCAAUGUUUAUACUCUUUACAGUUUUCUCACCUCAAUUUUUGUGCAAAGAUGUUCAUUUUGGUAUCAAAUUGUUGACAAUAGAAUGUUCUAAAGAGAUAUAUGCAUACAAGGUAAAAUAGAAGAACAUUACCAAUACCAUAUGAUAAAUUACGGUACAGUACAUCGUCAUGUAAAAAAAUUGGCUUUUCGUCAUUGUUUACAGUCAUUAUCAUUCCCGACAUUAUUUGUUACAUCAUUCGUUUUUGUGUUGCUGCGUGUUUAUAAAGGCAGUAACAAAAAAUACUCGAGGUAAAAUAACCGGAACGGAUACACGUUUUGACUUGAGGGGGAGGACGCAGCAGCCACGCGCAUGGUCACGAAAACAAUGAGCCUCCCAUGUGGGUGGCCACCCACACGGUGGUGUCAUGAUGUCACAUAGGGUAUACAGAGAAUGGAAAGACGUUGACGUGCAUUUUAAAACAAGUCCCAUAAUAAUCGGACAACAAAUGGAAUUUUUACAAUUAUUUUAAUGGUUGCCGGUGUUAACAUCAUGUCGCACACUACAUGUAUUGUUGUAAUGACUCCGAGAAUGUCAUCACGAAGUCAAAGUGUUAAUACAAUGUCUGUCCUAGUCACUACUAACUCCUGGUCUGUAUCAAACAAAAAGGAUUAAAAUAUUUCAUAACUCUGAGUGCCUCCAGUUAUCAGCUCAACAUAUCCAUAAUCUUUAACUGGUUACUAGAAACUUGUAAUAAUUUGUUAUCGGUUUCCAUAGACUCUCGCUGGACAGCUUUCCUUCAUACCAUGAAGUUACUGUAGGUAAAUUAUGCUAACUACAUUUUAUUGUGAUACUGUACGUAAAAAAUAUUUAUCCUUCACAUACAAUUAUGAAAUAAAAUUGUACUUAAUUUCAGUCAACAAAUCAUUGUUUACCCUUUGUUCAAAAUGAUCAUUGUUUACCCUGUGUUCAAAAUGAUCAUACUGUACUUAUUAUUGUUUUAAAGUGUAGCUUUAAUAUUCACAUAUUGAUCAAUUAUAAAUACAAAUGUUAAAUCUACCAAAAUAUGUGCUCAUAAUGUUUUGACUGUUACGCACUACAGAACAAGAUAAGCUGUGCCUUACAUGGUGAGGCAACACAUUGGAGAGAAACUGCUAUUACAGUAAGCUGCUUAUAAUGUGAUUCUCUCAGACAUCAAUGUGGAUAGUCUCCUGCUUCUAACCAAGUGCAUUCUAUGAAAUGCAACCAUAUAUUUGCAAGAAACUUGUAAAUGCUAUCAAAUUCAUCCUUACCAUCUAAUUAUACAUUGCAUAACUUUAUUAUUUCCCAGAAUUCAGUGUAUUUAUCCUACAUUAAGUACAGUUUUGUGCUGAUCAUAAACUUAUGCAGUACAGUAGUUCAAAUGCUACCCAAUAAACAAUUAUUUACUAAAUACAAUACAGUAUUUUAUUACUCAGAAUUAUUGUAUAUUAUAUAUAAUUACAUAUUAUACACAAUUAUUGUAUAUUAUACAUAAUUACUAUACUGUAUACAGUAUUUUAUAAAAUUGUGUAUUUCUUUAAAAUAAAUUCAUGUGAAAAUAAGUCACUGAAUUAGAAUUGAGACUGAGCAAAGUUGUACCUGAAUGUGAGCUUGAUGACACUGUGAUUAGAAGUAAGAAGUAUUAAAAUGUUCUUGGAUCGGAGCCUAUGUAUCAAAGUUGUGAUCGACUUGUAACGUUGCACAGUACUAUACUAUCCUGAAUGUUACAGAGAUCACCCCAUGUCUCGUGGAGGAAUCUGAAUUCUGCAUUCAUAUGACAAUUUCUUAAAUUUAUAUUUUAGCAUAAUGAUUAUAUGUUCAAUGGUUAUAAAUUAUGUCAUUUAAAACUGUCCAUUUUCUUGCCACAAAUGUGUUUCAAGGUACACCAUGGGCACUAAUAAUGGUAAUGGAAGGAAACUACUGGUCUCUGGUAGCUAAUACCAGGCUCACAGUACUGUGGCUGGUCCCUAGUAGCUAGGCUCACAGUAGUUUAGUUGACCACUGGUUGCUUGUACCAAAUUAAAAGUAAUGCAGUAUUGCCUUGGGUCACUAGUAUUAAGUUAGCAGAGGUCCAGUGGCAUGUUGCCUGGUCACAAAGUACCAAAACAAAAGUGAACUGGCAGUACCUCAGUCACUAUUGCCAAGGCAAAGGAGGUACAGUAACAAUUCUGAUCACAGACACAAAGUCAAUAAAAUGACAUGUUAAAAAUUGUCUAGUAGCACCUUUGAACAUUAGUACCAAGUCAAUGGUUGUAGAGUUGCUUCUCUGGUUACUGGUACUAUGUGGUCAAGUAGCACCUUAGAUAUUCAGUAGCAAGCCACACUAAUUCAACAGUACCCAUGGUGCAUGACUAGCAGUCUUAUAUUUGGUGGUUACUUCAUGUGUCACCAUCUUAACCUGUUUUGGUUUACUGUUAAAUCAAUAAGUAUUUUGUUACAGGGAUAUGUAAUAUGACUACAGUAUUGGUGAUGGGACCUUUAGAUAGUUAUUUUUAUAUACCAUUACGAAACAGCUUUAUUUAGUUAUGUUGUAUUAUAAUUGUACUGUAUAUGCUUGAAUAAUACAAUAUUCUUUAUUACACCAUUUCUUAUAUAUAUGGUAUUAUAUAACUACAUUCCUACUUCCAAUGUGAAGAAUUACUGAUACAGUAUAUCCAGUCCAAUGUUAUUUCUGUACUUACAUGUAUAAAGUAUAUAUCUUAUAAUAUUGUCUAUAAUAAGCAAAUGCAGGUUGUGUCUACUUGCCAAGAAAUAUACAUAAAAGUAUAAACAUGAGUUUAAAAUAUAUAUUUAAAACGUAAAAAUGAUGCAACCUGUCAAACCUAAAUCAUAAUAUUUGUAUUAAAGUAUUGUAAAACCAGUUAUUCACAGCCAAACAGUAAGCAGUUCCUUGGUGGACUUGCUCAUAUGAGGGUGUUGCUCACAAUGCAGGGAGCCUAUUUGUUACUCAGAUUGUUACAUAAAUGUCACUAUUGUUAUGACUUGUGUAAUGAAGAAUAUCAUCAGAGCCACAUUUCUUGUUCCUGCUGUGCUUGAGAAUAAAUGCUUUGGGAUCA